AGUCAAAAAAAUAAAAUAAAAAAAUUAUUAAAGAUUAAAAGAUAAAUGUUUUAGCAAGUUCUACAGUUUCAUCCAUACGGAUCUUGCUGCUGGAGCGUCACUUCUUUGGAUCCUCAGAUCGUGAUCUUCUUCUUCUUCCUCUUCCUCUAUAACCCCAUUUUCAUCCUUCUUCAUUCAGAUCUCUACUGUUAUAUCAAUGGUGUUCACUUUCCACUUUUUCACACCAUUUUGACUACUGGGUCUAUUGCUUUGUCAUCUAAAUCCUAUCUUUGUUCUUCAAAAGGGUUAGUGUGAAUGAUGGAUCCAAUUAAUCCUUUGCCUGCUGAUGGACUUGAUGUGGUCCAUCAGAAUGGUGUUCGUGAUGAGCCUUCUAAUUCUGGAGAGAACGGUGUUGUUUCAAAUGAUUUAGACCCUCAUGUUGCUGAAACUAUAGUUCUGAAUGGAAAUCUUGAAAGUUUCAACCAGUUAGAAAGCACUGCAACUGAAAACCCGCCUGUGGGGGAAAUUGAAGGAUCAAAUGACAACGUGGAUGGCAAUAAUAUAACCAGUCCUAAGGAAAAGGAAGUGAAAAUAACAGUUCAAAAGGAACAAUCAAGAGCACAAAAGGGUCCUGUAAAGAGUAAGAAUGCAAAGGUUGCUAGUUCAAGUGGCGUUCAUGCAACUUUGGUGAAAAACAGCAAAACUGGAAAAGACAAACAGGCAUCAUCUGCUGUUUCAAACGGCACCUCUGCUUUUGAUUCUCGUCCAAGACAGCAGCCUCUUAAAACCAAAUCUUUCAAUGAUCGGCAGUCUCAAUUGUCAAAGAAUCCUUCAAAGUCUGCUGCAGCAUCUUCUGAAGUUGCAGAGGAGAAGAAAAAGCCAAUAUCAUCAAAAAAGGGACCCCUUGUUAAAGUUAAAGGAGAAGCAGAAUCUUCUCCUAACAAUGCCGAAGAUGCCAAACCUCGUAGGGUGGGGACACUUCCAAACUAUGGAUUCAGUUUCAGGUGUGGUGAACGAGCUGAGAAAAGGAGAGAGUUCCUCACUAAGGUUGAGGAAAAGAUUCAGGCAAAGGAGGAGGAGAAGAGCAGCUUGCAAGCAAAGUCCAAGGAGAGCCAAGAAGCCGAGAUUAAAAAGCUUAGGAAGAGCCUAACUUUUAAAGCAACUCCAUUGCCAACUUUCUAUCAGGAGCCUGCUCCUCCUAAAGUGGAGCUGAAGAAGAUACCAACUACAAGAGCAAAAUCUCCCAAGCUCGGUCGGAAGAAGAAUUCAACAAAUUCUGAGUCUGAUGGAAACGGAAGCACCAGUUCUCGACAAGGUCGUUUAAGUCUGAAUGAGAAAGUGUUACAAAGCAACUCCACUAAAGAAGUUACCGUUGUCAAUCCAAAGAAGCCGCUGCGCAAGUCCCUUCCUACUCGACUCACUCCUGAAAAGAUCAAUUCAGCAGCUGCACCAAAGAAAAAUAGUGCAACAAAGAAAGCUACUAGCUUAUCCAAUGCUAAAGGGGAAGAGAAAACUGAGAUCACUGAAGCCAAUGAAGAAAACAGUACCUUGUCGAGUGAGACAAAUGUUGCUCUACCUCUGAAUGUGGUUCCUUCAGAUAAGCCAAGUGAAGCAGAAUCUCAUGUGAAUGGUGACAUAUUGGUUGAAGAGAAUCCUCAGCUCGUGUUGUCCCAAGAACCGAUCACAACCGUGCAUUGAGCAAAUUGAAGGUUAUUUUCGGUGAGUUUGAUUCGUCUGUGAAUGAAUGUUAUAGAAAGCUCAUGACUCAGAUUAUUUUGACAAUGAAGGCUUGCAAAUUUGCAUUAUGGUUUGUGUUGUCCUCUUGUCUUUGUCCAAAGCGGCGAUGUUUCUUUAUCUGUUUACUUCAAAGCUUGUUAAUUCAGUCCUUAUCAUUUUCAUUUUUCUUUUUGCACCGAUGUAUGUAACUAUUUGCAAAGUUAUACUAGUUGAUGGUUAUUUUGAGUA